UCAACGAAACUCGGUGUUACUGAAAGAGUGAAGCCUCCUCCUUUUUCACCCUCUUCGGUUUCUGAAGUCCGGAAUUUCUGUGCCUCUUUCUUGCAAACUUGGAAUGGCAGAACAGAACCCUCAUGAAGCAUCUUCAUCUUCACCUUCCUCAAAACACUGGAUGUAUGACGUGUUCUUGAGCUUCAGGGGCAAAGACACACGCCACAGCUUCACCAGCCGUCUCUACUCGGCGCUGAGAGAAGCCCAAGUCAACGCCUUCAUCGACGAUAACGAACUCAGGAGAGGGGAGAACAUCUCAUCCGAGCUGCUUCGUGCAAUUCAAGGGUCGAGAAUCUCCGUGAUCGUCUUCUCCAGGAGGUAUGGAGAUUCCAGUUGGUGCCUUGAGGAGCUGGUCAAGAUCAUGGAGUGUAGAAGAACACUUGGGCAAAUGGUUUUCCCAGUUUUCGUUGACGUUGAUCCUUCGAAUGUGAGAAGACAGACUGGUAGUUUUGCAGAGGCAUUUCAGAAACACGAAGGGCGUUACGUGUUGGAGAAGGAAAAGGUACGCAGGUGGAGAGCUGCUCUAACUGAAGCAGCAGACUUAUCUGGCUGGGAUCUUUGGAAUACUGCACGCGGGCAUGAAGGAAAGUCAAUCAAGAUUAUUGUUGGGGAGAUUACUAGACACUUGAACAACACGUACUUAUUCGAAGCCGUCUACCCGGUUGGAAUUGAUUCUCGGGUAGAGGAUGUAGGCAAGCUUUUAGGUGUUGGAUUAGAUGAUGUUCGCAUGGUUGGAAUUUGGGGCAUGGGUGGAAUUGGGAAAACAACAGUUGCUAAGGCCAUCUAUAACAAAUUUUGUGGGAGCUUUGAAGGUAGAAGUUUUCUGGCAAACGUUAGGGAAGCGAAAAAGCAGCCAAAUGGUCAGGUUGGUUUGCAAGAACAACUUCUUUUUGAUGUCUUGAGAACAACCAAGAUAAAGGUUGGCACUGUUGAUGGAGGGAUCAAUGUGAUAAAAGAGAGACUUCGAUGUAGAAGGGUACUUGUCAUUAUUGAUGAUAUAGAUCACCUAGAUGAUGUAUAUGCAAUAGCUGGAAAUCAUGAUUGGUUUGGUUCUGGAAGUAGAAUUGUUAUUACUACAAGAGACAAACAUUUGCUAAAGCAACUGAAAGUAGAUUCAAUAUAUUCAGCUACAGAAAUGAAUGAAGAAGAAGCUCUCCAGCUCUUUACUUGGUAUGCUUUCAGGAAGAGUGAUCCGGAUGAGGGAUAUUCUGAACUCUCAAGUAGGGUGGUUGCUUACUCUGGAGGUUUGCCCUUAGCUCUUGAAGUUUUAGGAUCUUUUUUACUAGGAAGAUGCAUUCCAGAGUGGGAAAGUGCGUUGAGGAAAUUGGAAAGAGUUCCUCAUGGUCCUAUUCAGGAAAAGCUUAAAAUAAGCUUUGAUGGGCUAAAUGAUGAUAAACUGAAGGACAUCUUUCUUGACGUAUCUUGUUUCUUUAUAGGAAUGGACAAGAACUAUGUCAGUCAAAUAUUGGAUGGUUGUGGCUUUUUUGCAGAAAUAGGAAUCAGUGUUCUCCUUGAGCGUCGUCUUGUAACAGUUUGUAUAAAGAACAAGCUGAUGGUGCAUGAUUUGCUUCGAGACAUGGGCAGAGAACUCGUUCGUGCAAAAUUCCCUGGUGACCCUGGAAAGUGCAGUAGAUUGUGGCAUCCUACAGAUGUAACAGAUGUACUGACUGAACAUUCUGGAACUGAAGAAGUUCAAGGGCUCACCCUAAGUUUGUUAGAAUCUGAUAAGACUAGCUUCAGUACACAGGCAUUUGCAAAUAUGAAGAGAUUAAGAUUGCUCGAACUCAAAUUUGUGCAGCUCAGUGGAGGCUACGAGCAUCUCGCUAACACGUUGAGGUGGCUGUGUUGGCAUGGGUUCCCUCUUAGAUUCCUGCCAAACAACUUUAAUCUACCAAAUGCAGUUGCUAUUGACCUGCAAUACAGCAAACUUGUACAAGUUUGGACGGAAUCAAGGAUGCUUAAGAAGCUGAAGAUUCUAAAUCUAAGUCAUUCUCAUUACUUGAUACAAUCACCAGAGUUUUCAAAUCUUCCUAACCUCGAGAAGUUGAUACUACAAGGCUGUAAGAGUUUGUCCAAGAUUCACCAGUCCAUUGGAGAUCUUGAAAGACUUGCUUUGGUAAAUCUUCAAGACUGUAAGAUGCUCAGGGAGCUCCCAGUGACUUUUUCCAAGUUGAAAGCUAUUGAAUCUCUUACUCUUUCUGGUUGUUCAAAAUUUGAAAAUUUGACCAAGGACUUGGGUGAGAUGGUAUCCUUGAGAACUCUGCUAGCAGAUGACACAGCCAUAAGAGAAAUACCAUCUUCCAUAAUGCAGUUGAACAAUCUUGAAUAUCUAUCUGUAUGUGGCCUGAAACAGCCACCACUGAAAUGGUUUCUGACUUGUUUCUGGUCUCAUCCGUUGCCAAGAACAUGUUUAAAGUUUCCUCCAUUGUUAUCGGGUUUAUAUGCCUUAAAAAGAUUGCAUGUCAGAGACUGCAAUUUAACUGAAUAUUCACUUCCAGAGGAUCUCGGAAGUCUGUCUUGUUUGGAAGAAUUGGAUAUGGGAAGAAAUUGUUUCCUUAGCCUUCCAUGCCUCAGUGGUCUUCUGCAGCUUCAAGAUCUUACAUUGGAUAAUUGCGGUUUAACUGAAGAGACCAUUACAGCUACGAAUCUUUGGUCUCUACCUUCUUUAGAUCAUCUGAAUCUAAGUGGAAAUAGUUUUCAUAGCCUUCCAAACCUGAGGGGACUUCCCAAGCUAGCCUUUCUAUUUUUGGAAAAUUGCUCAAACCUUCAUGCCAUGCCAGAACUACCAACAAAACUGUCAGUUCUGAGAGCAGAUGGCUGCACUGCAUUGCAAAGAAUGCCAGAUUUUUCAGAAAUGUUGAGCAUGCAGAUGUUGCAACUUAGUGAUUCCCCCAGACUCUGUGACAUCCCCGGCAUUGGUAACUCAUCACACUUGAUUGUGAUUGAAAUGGAAGGGUGCACAACUAUCAGCGAAACUUUUAAGAAGAACUUACUACAGAGGUGGAGUUAUGCAAGCAACUUUGGAGGCGUUUUUCUCCCUGGAAAUGACAUUCCUCUGGGGUUCAAGUAUUUUAAUGAGGGUGGCAUUGUCUCUUUUUUGGUGCCUCCAAAUAUAGGCAGUAGUCUGAAGGCAUUGACUGUGUGCAUCGUUUAUUCUUGCUCUUCAAAGUGUAGAGAAAGCAUACAUAGUAUUUCCAUAUACGUUAUAAAUCAUACCAAGCACACUGUUUAUUACGUCCGACCAAAAUCACGUCCCAAGGAAAUAAUCUCCAGUGGUGUUAUUUGGCAAGGACGCUUCUCGAACAGAAAUUUCAGUUUGGAAGGGGGAGAUGAUAUUGAGAUCUGUGUAGGAAUUGAUGUUGGUUUAAGGUUCCGGGUGGAGAAAAUAGGGGUUGAUCUUGUAUUGGAUGAAUUUACGUAUGGAGAAGUUCCUAUGAUUAAGUCUCUUCCAUAUGCUCGUUUUCGUCGGCAACAUGUUGGAGCAGAAAUCACACCAACUAGUAGAGGUGGUGGUGUUGAGCGUCAGCCAAUCAACUUCAACAAUAGAUGUGGCCUGUGGUGUUUGAUUGCUGCCAUCGCAUGUUCUUGUAUAUACAUAUACUUUUCGAGUUCAGAUUGAUUUUCUUUUCAUGAUUUUGUCUUCCUAGCUACCUUCAGAAGGCAGAAGAUUGCAACGUCUGUAUUGAACCCCUCCUAUGAAAUCAUGCAUGUGUUCUACCAAUUAUCAUUCAU